AGGCUCCAGCCACCAGCAAAGCUGCAAACCCACAAGAUAAGAGAAGUCAAUAUCUGUGUGGACACAGGGAGGGAAUCCAAGAAGGUGUUAGGAGACUCCAGACCAAAAAUCCCCAUUGGACCAAGAGGUGUGUGAAGAGCACAUGCAGAGUCUGUAAGGGCAGGAAAUCCAGGGAUCUCUUUGCUCCAGUCCCUGUUUGAAGGCACCAGGUCAAGUUGUUUCUAUUGCUGGAGCACUCAAAUAUUAAUUUUUUUCCCCCCUGGAAUGGGCUAUCUGAGACUCUGCUGCAGGGAGAAGAAAUUUCUUUAACAGUUUGGUGACCCCAAACCACCACCACUGGAUCUGCAAACAUCCACUGCCAGCAAUGUGUGAGUUCACAUGGGACCUUUGGAAUGGGAAGCACUGAAGGCUCACAGGGUGUUAUGGACACCCACGCCUCAGCCCCCCAGCUCCCCAUUUUCAACUCUGCUCUGCUGCUGGAGCCAGGAAAUCACCAGCAAUCCUUCCUUUGGCUGCAUCCCUGGCCAGAUGCUGCAGAGGGGUGAGGCCUGGCCGAUUAAUCUGUGCUCAGAGAGCCUGUUGGAUUAGUGCUUCAUCUGCUCUCGACAUCUGCAGCUGCAGGACAGCCCCAAAUUCAUCAGCUGGAAGUCGGAAGGGAGCAGCAAGGCUGGGGUUUAUGAGCCUUUUAUUUGUGCAAACAGGCAGCACGGGGGAUGAGAAGAGAGUCCUGAGCAGCCAUGGAGGGGUUACAGCUGCGGAAGGCUCCCAGCAGCCGGAGCUUCCUCAAACUCCCCGCCAUGGAGGUGAAGUGGAUCCAUGUGUUGGUUGUCUUCCUCUUCCUGCUGUCUGUGGCAAUGACAGGCUGCUUCCUGUGGCAGUACAGCCUCCCCAAGGUGGAGCCCGGCCCUUCUGUGAUGGAAGUGAGAUCAGAAGCUGUGCAGAUGUGUCCCCGCUACCCUGAGCCGGUGCCGCUGGACCACCCCAUCCCCAUCCUGAAGGAUGCCUUGGAGAAGGUGGAUUUGAUGCUCAGGCAGAAGAUGCACAGCUCAGGGCUGCCAGCCAUGUCUGCCAUCGUCAUCUACAACGACACAGUGCUCUGGACAGGAAACUUUGGGAAGAAGAACAUCUCCGACCCCUCCUCGGCUGUGCCCAACGAAUACACCAUUUACAGAAUUGCCAGCGUCUCCAAGAUCUUCCCCACCAUUAUGCUGUACAAGAUGUGGGAGGAAGGCAAGGUCACGUCUCUGGAUGACCCCUUGGAGCGUUAUGCCCAGAACUUUGUUAUCAAGAACCCCCUGGGAAGGCUGAAGGACUCAGAGCAGAGGUACACAGCAGAUGGGCUGGUGUUUCUGGAGAAGGGCUCGAUGCCACCGAAGCCAUCCCCCGUCACCCUGCGCAGGAUGGCCAGCCAGCUCUCAGGUCUGCCCAGGAGGCUGAGAUCCACCAGCCUGCUGUGGAAGGGCACCACGCAGGACGCCCUGGCUCUCCUGAAGGAUGAUGUGCUGGUGGCUGACCCAGGAACCAGGUGCCACUACAGCAACCUGGCCUUCUCCCUGCUGGCCCACGUGCUGGCCGAGCACGGGGCCGACGGGCAGUACCAGCGCUGGAUCUCGGAGCACAUCCUGGACCGCCUGGGCAUGGAGGACACGGGGUUCGACCUCACGCCGCCCAUCCGCUCCCAGAUGGCCGUGGGCUUCUACGGCAGCCGCCAGCCCGCCCCGCUCUACGACCUGGGCUGGUACAGACCCUCUGGGCAGAUGUACUCCACGGCUGCCGACCUGGCCAAGCUGGCCAUGGUCUUCUUGGGCACCUACCACCGCCGGCUCCUGGAGCCUGACACGGUGAAGACCAUGCUGACCCCGCUGCUCAAGUGCUCCAGCGACUACUUUGCCAACAAGACCGGCACGCCCUGGGAGAUCAACGAGCAGCUGGGCUACGAUGUCAUCAGGAAGGAUGGGGACCUUGAUGGCUACUCAGCCACCUUCUCUCUUAUCCCCAAGCUCCACCUGAGCUUCAUCGUGCUCAUGUCAGGGCCCAGGCCUCAGGGUGGGGAUGUUGUGACUCAGACUUAUGAGUAUCUCAUUCCGGCCAUGGAGACGGCUUUCCGGGAGGCAGAGAAGAGCGUGGUCCCCCCUCCAAACCCCAUCCCUUAUGUUGGCUACUACACCUACUCCAACCUGACUUUCUAUGAGAUCAAAGUUGGCAUUGGUGGGGUGCUGAUCAUGCAGCAGUUUGGGCCUCACGUAGAAGAGCUAAUCCCCGAGAAGUAUCGGACAAUCAAGCUCCACCACCUGGAGGAUCGUGUAUUCCAAGUUGUUUUUGACAAGGAGUUCCCGUGUGUCCUGCGCCUGGGCUCUGCCUCCAUCUCCCUGGAGACCCAAAACGGGCAGCUCUUUAACUUUUACCCCUUUGACCGCAAGGGUUUGUCUCCUGGCUUCGACGCCCCGGGGUUGAACACCUACAAUGUGGUGCGUGUGCUCCGCAAGCCCGUGUUCUACAGCUAAGCACCCCCUGCUCCCCUCACCUCUUCUGGGAGGUGGCUUCAAAUCUGUGUCUUACCAGACUCUGGUCGGCUCCACGGAAGCCACUUAAAAGGGAAAGGUGGUGGCAAAUGGCUCUUUUGCCAAACAAAUACUCCUAAAAUGACUUCCCGCUUCUGACAUGGCUUUAAUGGCUGGCAACCCCCCAAAAUGCACAACAGGCCAGCUGGAGAUGCCUGCAGAACAUAAAAAAGAGGUGGGAAUGUGCUGAGGGGAUUGUGUUUGGAUGCCAUAAAAACAAAGCUGAGCACUGAAGUGUCCACACUUUCGUUGUCUGUUUGAUGACCAUUGUAGUUAUCAACUGGUAUCAUCAAAGGCUGGAAAUGCCCUGUGUCUCUCAGAAAAUCUCUCUUCUUCAGUCCAGGGGUUUUUCCACAGCUUUUCAGGAGCCCAUCUACCACGAGCAAGAUCCCUUACCUGGGUUUGCCAAAAGCCUGAUGUGCUAAAAAAUGGCCCCACACCUGAUCCCAGGCCCUGCUUGGGACCCCUGGGAUCCUUUUUUUCUCCAGGUCACAAGGAGGAAACUGUGAAAAGAGCAGAGAACAAUGUGGUCUUGGCUCCAUGGAUUUCUCCAGAAGUGGUGGUCACACCAAGGAUGUUGUAGCACUUCAGCAGAGAAAUAGAAGCUCACUCUUGUGGGCAGGGCCACAUGAACAUAAGCUGGGACAUUCCAGCUGGACUCAGGCCUGUGACUGUCUCAGUGUACAGGAAAGGGUGGGUGAUGUUUAACCACAGGAGUGUGUGGGAAUCUUUCUGGGUGUUUUGGGCAGGGUGUCUGUCUGCAAAUGUCCCCAGGUGUGAGUGAGGAUGCUGAGGGAAAGGACGUCAUCCUGGGCAGCCCUGCACUGAGGACAGGAGCACCCGCAACUGCAAAGCCACAGGUGCAUUUCACCCACAGGUGAAACAGGGGAUCCAGGUCACAACAACCCCAGGCAAUGCUCCAGGCUUGGGGAAAAGGGUCUGGAAACCUGCCUGGGCAGAAAAGGACUUGGAGGUGCUGGUUGACGGUGGCUGAACAUGAGCCCAGGUGUGCCCAGGUGGGCAAGAAGGC